GUUGUGCACGAAAAAAAAGAAAACUAUAUGAGAGUAAACGGACUAUAGGGGCAAUACAUUGUAAAAUAUAAUCCUUUUUUUUAGCAAAGUAAAAUAUAAUUCUUAAUCUAAUAAAACGGGGAAAUAUAACGGGAACCCUUAAAUUUGCUUUCUCCGCAAUCGCCUGUUUCUGAAAGAGACGUUCGAAAACCCCUUCUCGGUGCUUGUAGAUGGCUUACAGAGGAAGAGGACGAGGAAGAGGAAGAGGUGGGUUUGGCGUUGAGUAUGCGAAGGCAGAACCUUUCGUGAUUUUCCCCGACAUAACGUUACCUGACCGCAAAUCAAUCUCAGAAGACAAGCAAUUCAAUGAUCGUUUUGACAAGUUUUGGAAAACUUCGAUUUACCACUUAGGAGAUGGAGUUUCAAAGAAAGAGAGUGAGAGUUUAGAUAUUGAGAGGUUUUCAGACACGUUGAAGCCAAAGAAGAAGAAGUCUCAUGAGAGGGGAUCUUUCUAUGACUAUCUUGUUCUUAGACCUGAUAACUUCCCUAAAGAACUUCUUGGAGAUACUCCAAGAGAACGGCCUGUGAAGAGAGCUAAAUGGACUCAAGACGCAGAUCUGCACAAGUUGGAGGUUUUGGAGAAGCUUGGAGCAAAGCUUAAGGCUGAAAGGAAGGAAGAGAAAGGAGAAGGUGAUGAUGAAGCUGAGGAAUCUGAGGGAGAAGAUUCUGAUAACGGAGAUUAUGAUAAGAUGAAGAAGAGUAUUAAAGCUAAUUGUCCCCAUGUUUUAGUCCAAGAACUUGAGCAUUCACCUAUUUUCCCUCUCUUGAUUCCCUCUUUAAACUUCUAUGAUCAAAAGCUAAUUCAAAUAUCAAAAUACGGAGUAAUGCAUAUAUUAGUUAACAUUUAAUGUCGACCAAGACCCGUAUGGGGAUGAUUAAGUGAAAACAUGAACAAGCUUAACAUCGCAAACUUAGGUUCGAAAUCAAAAUUCCUUUUCCACGUGUUGUCAUGAAACUGAUACGGUUUAUCGUUCCCAAGUUAGCUAUCGGGCUUUGCAACUCUUCUUUUACUUCCAAAAAAUAUUAUUGGAAAC